GCGGUGGUGUCAAUGCCUCUUGACCAAUCACAAUCGACGAAACGGCAGUGGAGAUUUUGAUGGUCAAGCGCAAGGCCGUGACGACGACGAAGGGUGCUUCGGCGACCAAGCGCCAGGCGAAGAACGCCAAGGCGAGCGAUGUGGUGACCAUUGUCGGUGACGACUUGACCGACGACUACCCGAUGCUGGACGAAGAUGCGGUCCUCGCCAAGCUCGUACAUCCGAUGACGGCGGACGUCUUCAUGCAAACGCAUUUCCGCCAGAAAGCCCUCGCUGUGCACGCGUCGCGAGCGCGCUUUGACCAGCUCGUCGCGGCGGGCAUGUGCGACUUGGACGUCAAGGCGCUCCUCGAAGUCACGUCGUCUGAAGCGUACCAAGCGUGGGUGCAGACCAAGGACAACAAAAUCGAGUCGGUCAAGGUCGAGACGCUGGAGCAGGCGCUCGUGCUCCACCGCGCCGGGCACUCGCUUACGAUGCGGUCAUCGGAGGAGCUCAGCACUCUCUUGAUUCCAGCACUCGCCCAGGACCUCGGUAUGGGCUUUACCACGACGUCGCUUUGUGGCAAACUCAACGGCGAAAUUGAAAUCUUUUGCGGCAAGGCGGGCCACACGAUCGAUUGGCACUUUGACUCUCCGGAGAACUUCACCGUUCAGCUCGCCGGCUCCACGACGUGGCAGCUCAAGAAGGGAACCGUGCCGCAUCCCUUACGCGGGUGCACGCCGCACGACAAGACGCAGGACGUAUUGGUCGAAGAGCAGCAGCUCAAACUGCACCGGAUGACGGACCCGACCUUUGCGCCACCCCUAAACACCAACGACGACGUCAGCGUCACCCUCCAUCCGGGUUCGAUGAUGUAUGUUCCCGGUGGCAUGUGGCGCCGCGUCGAGUGUGCGGACGACGAGGAUUCGAUCUCGAUGACUAUGAGCAUGAUCUCGACGCCGUACGCCGACGUCGUCGCCGACGCUGUCCGCCAGCUCCUUUUGCAAACGUCCGCAGGUCGGGCUGGUGUCUGCUACACGUCAGUGGAUGACGCCCACGCGCAGCUUGCAACCGUACUUGCGACGCUUCAAACGCAGCUGCAGUCGAUCCAACCCGCCGACAUUUGCCCGCCACGCCUCUUGGUGCAUGGCCGGAACGGCCAGCUCGCGAACACCGACGACGAUGACGACGAAGAUGAAGAAGAAGAAGGAGAUGAAGAAGGUGACGACCAUGAACAUGGCAGUUGCGAGGACCAUGACCAUGACCACGACCAUGACCACGACCACGACCAUGACCACGAUCAUGACCAUGCAGACGACGACGAGAGUGAUGAUGAAGACGACGACGGCGCGUCGACGGUGCUCGAUGCGUGUGACGCACAGCUCGUCCUCGAUCCAUCGGUGGCGAUCCCGGCGACCGCCCGCUUCCGCUUGAACCCGCUGGCCAAUUUACUCGCAUACACCGACUUGCCGUCGAUCAUGGCGGUGGCGCCGGGCAGCAAGGACGAGGAUAUAAGUCGCCUCCAUGUUCUCAACGUCUUGUACGGGAACGACAGCUUCGCGUCCAAUUUGCGGGUCGAGUUUGUCGUGAGCGCGUCGCAGGUCGACGCCCUGCGCACGCUGCAAUCACAGAAAGAACGUACGUUUACGCUGCAGAACAUUGCAAAGACGCCGUCGCGCGACGUGGAAGUGCUCGUGCAUUUCCUGACCCACGUCGGCUUUCUCACACAGCUCGACGACGACGACGCAGCGUGAGUGCACGGCCGAAGUGGUCUCGAGUCCCACUGGCAAAAUAUAUUCAUUUUCGUAUAUUUUCGGACACAUA